AUGCCCUCUGGUCCUCGGUUUCCUCACGAGGCGCCAUUGUGCCGCUGGUGCCGUGUGUUGUCUAUCGCUGGCUUUCCUAGUGAGGAUGACGAUGCAGUAUCAGCGGCAGUAUCCUGUGGUUUAUCUUGCGGCAGUUUGGGAUCUGCUUAUCGAUGGACUGGAGAUCCUCAAGCUGUGCAAUCAGAAUCGCUCCGUGCCUGGUCUACCAUCGGCACGUUGGCUAUCCUGGACACUCUAAGAGUCCUCUGGACAGUACCAGCGCCUUUGAUAAACUGGCUGUCGGAGCGAAAGUCGUAUGUCCCGAGGAUGAAAGGUGUAGAUCGAUGGGCUCUGAUAUGCGCCUGGGUCGGAUUGGCAACAUUACUUCUUCGGGUCAUGAUGGCGAUUGAGGGAUACCGGGACUAG